AUGAAGAACUACUUUUCGAUUGGAGUUGCAGCCCUCUUGGCAUCGCAAGCAUUGGCCGGCGAUGAUGCUUGGGUUAGUCCCGUAUACAAGGAGAUUUUUCAAAACGAGCUUCCCAUGCCCAAGGAUAAGGCCAAAUCGUACACCUACACGAAUAAGACUACAGGGAACCAGAUUGACUUCUAUGAGGUUGACGUGAAGCCCUUCACACAACAAGUCUAUCGUGGGCUGAAGCCUGCUAAACUCGUUGGAUACGAUGGAGUAUCACCUGGACCUACUUUCAGGAUGACGAAGGGUCGAGAAGCCAUCGUUCGUUUUAAGAACCAUGGCGACAAAGAUCUCUCGGUGCACCUCCACGGUUCGUAUAGCCGCGCGCCUUUUGACGGUUGGGCCGAAGACACUACCAAGCCUGGUCAAUACAAAGAUUACUACUACCCAAACAAACAAAGUGCACGAACAUUGUGGUACCACGACCAUGCCAUUCAUCACACAGCCGAGAACGCCUACUUCGGACAAGCAGGCUUCUACAUACUUCACGACCCUGCUGAGGACGCAUUGGGACUUCCUUCAGGCGCAUACGAUGUUCCCCUGGCUUUGGCAUCGAAGCAGUACAAUAGCGAUGGCACACUAUUUGACCCCAAAGACGAGACCGAUUCGCUCUGGGGCGAUGUCAUCCACGUUAACGGUCAACCAUGGCCGUACAUGAAGGUUGAGCCUCGCAAAUACCGCUUCAGGAUACUCAACACAGCUAUCAGCCGUGCUUUCAAGCUCACACUCGAGGACCCGACAGCUAAAAAGGUUCCCUUCCACGUCAUCGGCGCGGAUACUGGUCUCAUGACCAAGCCUGUACAAAGCGACAACCUUGAAAUCUCGAUGGCCGAACGCUGGGAGAUCGUGGUCGACUUCAGCACGUAUUCCGGAAAGAACGUAACAAUGAAGAAUGCUCGUGACGUGCAGGCAGACGAGGACUACAACAGCACUGAUAAGGUUAUGCGAUUCGUUGUUGGGACGUCCGUCUCAAACACAGCCGGCAAUGGCGCUCUUCCAGGCUCGCUGCGCACAGUGCCAUUCCCACCUAAGAAGAGUGGCAUCGACAGGAGCUUCAAGUUCGGACGCACCAAUGGGCAAUGGACAGUCAAUGGUGUCACGUUCGCCGAUGUCAAGAACCGCAUCCUUGCUAAGCCACAGCGCGGCGCGGUUGAAGUCUGGGAGCUUGAAAACUCAUCUGGGGGCUGGAGCCAUCCGGUUCACAUCCACCUUGUCGAUUUCCAGAUUCUGACACGUACCGGCGGCAAGCGAAGCGUCCUAAACUACGAAAAAGAGGCCCUGAAGGAUGUUGUUCUACUUGGUGUGAACGAAAAGGUUACAGUCAUCGCCCGUUACGCUCCUUAUGAUGGUGUAUACAUGUUCCAUUGCCACAACCUUAUCCACGAAGAUCACGACAUGAUGGCUGCUUUUAACGUCACCAGUCUUGCCGAUUUCGGCUACCCCGAAACAACCAAGUUUAUCGACCCGAUGGAGGAGAAGUACCGAUCCAAGGAUAUCAACGACCAUGACAACGAGGAGGAGCACAUUUACGAGAAAUGUGCCGAACUCGAAGCUCUGGAGGCAUACACAGAACCUGAAAAGCUCGAAGACGCUCUUGUUGACUACUGGGCCAAUGGAGGAAAGGGACCUAGCACGCUAGUGACCAGCACUCGACCGGCUUCUUCGUCUUCUUCCCAGGCAACUGCUUCUUCUACGGCACUGCCAACAACCACUUCACCCCCGUCUGUAGCUAGGGUUACUUCUUCCUCAGUUGCGAUAACCUCAGCACCUAAGGCGACGAGUUCAAGUACAAAGAAGGACGACAAGAAAACAUCAACUUCGUCGACCAGGAGGAGAUGA